GCUUUGAGCUAGCCCGUCAUCUCUAACUAUUGUCUCCAUCAGUGAAUUAUAUCAUUUCGAGAUCUUCCCAUUUUGGUUCUAGUCGUGAAUCGGAAUGCUUGGUAUAUGCUAACGUGCAUGGCAUUUAAAGUGGUCCACAGGGUGCAACUUGGUCUGUUGAAGGCCGGGGAAACACAUCUUUUGCCGUCAUUAAAGCUCAGGACAGCUGACCCUUUGCUCUUUGUCUUUACACAUCAUGGACGAAUCUGAAGCAUCGUUCUCCGCCGGCUAUUCUGGGAAAAUCUUCCAGGGAAUAAACACUGGGUCUUGCUUCUGUGCGGAAGACAUGGACACGACCUCCUUCUCUGGCCAUCAUGACAAGACACACUCAAGGCAGGCCACGGUUCUCGGGAGUGACUGCUGGCUGGGAAAUAAGCCUUGGGAUGCAAUGUUCCCAGAAAAUUCGGGUUGUAGCUCGCCUCGAAUCAUGACAGGUAGCAUGCAUUAUCUUUCAUCAGAGCACCCGACCUCUGCUGCACCAGCUAGCGAUGAGGGUUUCUCACAAUCUUCAUCGUCGAAUUUAUCAUCACCCCAUAUGCCGGAACUUUCUAUAAACCGAGACUCCAUUCCCAGCGGUGCAACAGAGGUUGCCCAGCAACUUGCUGACGGCUCGCAAUUUAUGCAGCGGCACAAGGACACUGAACGGCGAUCCCAGAAUCGUCAAGCUCAACGUCGCUUUCGCGAACGAAAGGAGCAGGAAAAAUCCCAGCUGCUCAGCAAUCUGGACAAACUACAGGCGGAGAACGAUAGGUUUUCUGAGCGUCUUGCACAAAUCCAGAGAAAAUAUCUUGAUAUGGAAACAGAAAAAAGGCGAUUACAGACGGAGGUUGAGAUGUUACGCAGGUGGCAACAAAAAAUCACUGGGUUGAUGUCUGAUAUCGUCCAACAAGAUCAACCAACAGAUGAUUUCCUUGAAAUGAUAUCCACAAGCUGCUCUUCUACUUGUUGGCAGAGAGGCAUGAAACAGUCGCGGGUUUUCAUCAUUAUGCAAACUUUGCUAUCUGUCUUUGAAGAAUUCGAGUUUACUCGUCCGGGGUUACAUGGGUAUAAAAGUGCGGAUGCCGCAAAGAAGCAAGACCAACCGCAAGAACAUAAAGAAGGCGUUGGGUCUUGAUAUAUCCGGUGCAGCCAAAGUGAUGAAAGAAAUAUCAAUGUUAAUAUUCGGCU